AUCGGCAACUGAGUCAUUGUCAAGCUUUUUUUUUGCAACUCCAAAAAGGUUCCAGUUAGGUUACAUGGGCUCUCAGUCAACCAAAAUCGUUCGUACUACCAAAAUGGCGAGUUCAGCAGACGUGCAGCUAUUUAUCAAAAAAGCAGUAACUGACAACAAAGUUGUAGUAUUUUCCAAGUCCUACUGCCCGUAUUGUACGAUGGCUAAAGAAGUCUUCCAAAAAGUAAAGCAGCCCAUGACGGUAAUUGAGUUGGAUGAGCGUGAUGAUGGAGCUGUGAUCCAGGAUACCUUGGCACAGAUGACCGGCUUCAGAACUGUACCUCAAGUAUUCAUCAAUGGGAACUGUGUGGGCGGUGGCACCGACGUCAAGGCUUUAUACUCUUCAGGAAAGUUAGAGCCCAUGCUGAUUGGCUAAAUUUAAAAAUAGAAUGUUAAUUUAAAUAUGGAAAAUACUGUUAUUGCUUUCCAAUGUGCUGCUCACAAAUAAUAUUUGCUAAGGAUACAAAUGAUGUUAAUGUAAUGUUUCUCAAAGUACAAGAACCUAUCAUGUUAGUAAUUCUCUUCUGUUAGUAGAGUAUUAUACCUUAAGGAUCUACAACACAAAACAUGCUGUACGACACAUAAUAACUUAACGUAUUUGCCAUUCGAGAUUUAUUUAAUUUUGUGAUGUAUAUGUAUUUUUUUAAAUAAACGAUUUAUUGAAUGUU